AUGGCCGCCAAGUCCCGCCAGGCACCUCGAAGAUCAUUGAGACAAUCCCUCAAGGAGGUCUUUCUGCGCCGAAUGCGAAAGUCAUCUAGUCCCCCCGAUACCGUUGGAUCAGGCAUACUGCGCAGGGCAGAUCCGUCAAGCUUUGUCGUCUCUUCAGUCACCACCUUUGCCUCGUUUUCCGACUUCGCCAACAGCCAAGUCAGUCUGGACCAGUGGACCAUUUCUCGAUCUAUUCCGAACAGGUUCCAGUCGCCGCCUCCGAACGUGUCCGAAGCAACGCGAGCCCGUCAAACUCUGCUCCCGGCGACGAGUUUGAGCCAAUUUGAUCUUGGCCACGCAUAUUUGCAACAAUCAACUGUCCCCUCCGGAUAUGCGCAACAGGCCGCAGCCCCAAGUUGUGCGUCUCUGAUUAGUCGUGAAGCGAGCAUAUCAACCCUAUCAUCAUUCCCAAGCACAUCAACCUUGAGGCUGAGGGACUCUCGCCAGCAACUGGUCGACCAGUGUCAGCAAACAUCGGGACAGCCUUCACGGCCUGUUACACGAGAACAACAGGUUCGGAAGAAGCAGGUGUCAUGGCUGCAAUCUCCCUCGGUCAGUUCGAUGUCCAAGGCUCCCUCGGAAACUCAAAGCAGGCGGAGCAGCGACUUGCCCCUGGUCGAACACUUCAGGUCCUUCUGUGUGCUUGAUACAGCUGCCCCAGGCUUUCCAGUGGUGGCUACAUCUCAAGAGCUGAGAUACAUCUUCGAGAUCGGGGAGCACUUCUUUCUCAAUAGCUGCGAAUGCGAAGGCGCUUCGAUGGAUAUUGUGACUGGCCAGGAUGCAGCGGGUGAUCCCGUCACCCACCUUGUUCUCUUCAGUCCAUUGGUCAUUCCGAGUAGUGGCCGCAGCAGGUUUAUGCUCGCGAGCUUGGUCGAUGUCACCCGGUUUAUCUCUGGGGCUGCCUCGUUGCCAGAAUUAGACAAAUCCCCGGAAAGUUCUCUCGUGGAAAGUGAUCUGCAGACUCCAUUGCAGGAUCACUUAGAACCUAGCUGGGUUGCAUCGACUCCUGAACUGUCAGCAGAAGACCUUUUGGGUGGUUGCGUACUACCUGGAGACAGAGGACAUAAAUCCCGCGGUAUCGCACAUCGAGAAGACGUCUGGCUGAACCUGGCACAUGAGGAGAGGAGUAAAUCGUCGACGCGGAGUAGCACUCCUCGGUCGACACCGAAAAGCUAUGCGCGGUCAAAGUCUUCAAAGUCAAUUCCUUCAUCUACCAACAGCAGCACCGUGGACGAGGUGUUGGAGGAGUUUAUGGGCGGUUUGCAAGAGUUGUACUCGGACUUUUUCUUGCUUGGUAAAUCUCCCCUCGACGACACUUACUAUGAAAUCUGCAACGUCUCACCUACCGUGCACGCAGCGAAGGAUUAUGUGAAUGGGCAUCUUUCGCACACGGGACAGGAAGCCAUUGUGGAAAUGAGUGAGCGCCUUGCCCGGGGCCAGUGCUUCUCAAUGAAAGUUAAAUGGGGAAACCAGGGGCUGGGGAAACAAAUGUAUUGCAGCCCACUCUACGGGCAGAACUCUACCACGUGGAUAUGUUUCCUAGUGGACGAUAACAUACCAGCUUUGUGGUAA